AUGAUGCAGACAGAGCAGGCUCAGCCACAGCAGCAGCAGCAGCAGCUGGUGGUGCAGAACUCAGCUGGAAGCCUCAGCUUCAACAGCAAUCUCUCCAAGGAGGAUGAAGAGAUGUCAAGGUCGGCUCUUUCCACUUUCAGAGCCAAAGAGGAGGAGAUCGAGAGGAAGAAGAUGGAGGUCAGAGAAAAGGUUCAAGCCCAGUUGGGUCGUGUUGAAGAGGAGACCAAGCGUUUGGCCACUAUUCGUGAGGAGCUUGAAGGGCUUGCAGAUCCAAUGAGGAAGGAAGUUUCACAGGUCCGUAAGAAGAUCGAUUCAAUUAACAAAGACUUAAAGCCACUAGGACACACCUGCCAGAAGAAGGAAAAAGAAUACAGAGACGCGCUUGAGGCUUUCAAUGAAAAGAACAGGGAAAAAGUGCAGCUUAUCACAAAACUAAUGGAGCUGGUGAGUGAAAGUGAGAAGUUGAGGAUGAAGAAGCUGGAGGAGCUGAGCAAGAACGUAGAUUCCUUACAGUGA